AUGGCACAUAAACAGCUCGUUGAUAAAAUGAUUGCAGAAAAUAAGGUGAUGGUCUUCUCAAAGACUUACUGCCCCUUUUGUAACAUGGCAAAAGAUGCGCUGAAGAAAGCCGGCCUAAGUAACUUCACGGUGCUAGAGUUAGAAGACAGAAGUGAUUGUUCUGAUAUUCAGGAUUAUCUCAAAAGCAAGACAGGCUCGAGAACAGUCCCUCAGGUUUUUAUUGCUGGAAAAUACAUUGGUGGUGGGUCAGAGUGUAAACAGUUGCAGUCUCAAGGAAAACUGAAGAAGAUGUUGCAGGAUGCUGGUGCUCUUUAAAAAGCAUAGAAGAACUAUUCUCUGGUGAUAAGGUGCUACUUUGAUUCACAUUUAAUUUUAUGUGUUUGUUCACAUCAUUGAAUGGCAUUCAAAAUUAUCUUAAGUAUCAUUGUGAAAAACAUGUCUCACCUUGUCAUAUUUCACAGAUUUUAUGUCUCAAUCCGUUGUGGUUAUUUCUAAUCAGCAUCUGAAAAUGUUUUAUUAGAUUAAUGUAUAUUUUUAAAAUAGAAAUAGACUAAAA